CCAGCGCUCUAUCCACUGUGCCACCCAGCUGCUCUUUCACUGAUCAAAGGAACUCCCCAAUGAGGAAACUCCCUUUACCAAUACAGAUUCAAGAACAGCUGAAAAAUGGAUACAGAAGAAAAAGAGGGCGGCUCCCCCAGGGCCAUGUCCAGAUUCCUAAGGCACUUCACUGUGGUGGGCGAUGACCACUACAAAUGGAAUACCAGAUAUAAGAGAUGGGACAAUGAGGAUGAGGAGGAUGAGCAGCCACAGAUGCCUACAGCACCAGCUCCAGCAUCCGCUGCUCCUGCGACUGAAAGCGGCCCCACUGAUGUUCCAGGAGAGGUGGUCACCCCUCCAAAAGUUCCCUUGGACUUCAGGACUAUGAUGAGGAAGGUCUUCAGUUCCCACAGGUUUCAGGUUAUCAUCAUUUGCCUGGUCAUUAUGGAUGCCUUACUGGUGCUUGCUGAGCUGAUGAUAGACUUGAAAAUCAUCCAAUCAGACAAGGAGAACUAUGCUGCCAGGGUGUUCCACUAUCUGAGCAUCGCCAUCCUGACCCUCUUCAUGUCAGAAGUUGCAUUAAAAUUAUAUGUCUUCCGCAAGGAAUUCUUCUACCACAAGUUUGAGAUCCUGGAUGCUGUUAUUGUGGUUAUCUCUUUUGUCCUGGACAUUGUCCUCGUGUUCCAAGAGCAUGCCUUUGAAGCCCUCGGCUUAUUGAUCCUUCUCCGACUUUGGCGGGUGGCCAGGAUUAUCAAUGGCAUAAUUAUUUCAGUCAAGACACGUUCUGAACGACAACUCUCAAGGCUGAAAAUGAUUAAUCAUCAACUGGCCACGAAAAUCCAGCAUCUUGAAUUUAGUUGCACUGAGAAGGAACAAGAAAUUGAAAGACUUACCAAACUACUGAGAGAUCAUGGACUUCUCCAGUAGCUGAACCACACAACAUUUGCCUAACCACAUGGAGAGGAAACAUCUUGUUGGAUGGACUGGCCUUGUGUACAUGUCUGUGAAACACCCUGGGUGUCUCCAGGGUUAUCUCUGGAAAUGAUCUGAAGCCUUCAUUUUACUUGUUCUCAGGUCUGAUUAUGUCCAGAUGUUACAUAGUUCCUCCUAAGAGCUGUCUUUUUAUCUUGAUGUAAAGAGAGUUGCCUUGGUAACAAAUGCUUCAUAAACUCCCUUUUCUUAUAUUCCAAACUCUAAACUUGUUUGAAAAUGAAUGCUAGAGCUGUAUGGGUUUGUAUAAAAUUUAAUUUUGCCAAAUGUAUGCUUUCAAAAUAUUUUCACAUAUAUUUCAGCACCGGAUUCCCUAGUUGUGGACAUUCUGAAAGACAAAAGUAAUAAAAAAAAAUUAUCUUACAGUCCAGGUGAUUACAGGAAGGUCAUUUUAUUCAUGAGCUAAUCAGAAAGACCAUGUGUCCUGUUACUUGCCAUUGACCUCCUGAAGUUUGGAUCUUUCCAUGGAUGUUGCUCAGGAACCCUCUGUAGCAACCAGCUGCAAAACGCAGUCUGAAUCUCAUUGUAUUUAUUAUUUAUGCCUCUGUCAGACAUUUUUUGAAACUACCACGCAAAUAAUGUACAUGAGAAGCUGCCUGGUUUGCCUGAGCCCUCCCCCUAGAUUCUCUUGCCACAAUAGUGAUGAACUCUAAUAAUCCACCUCCAUUCUGUAGCAUCCCAGGAGUGUUCCUGGGCUGGGCUUGGGAUGGCACAUAGCAAUUAGAUCGAAGAAUAGACUGCAAUUAAUGGGAUAUUCGAGCAAGGAGCUUUCUUUAGCCUUUGUGUUAUACUUCUAACAUUUUUGUAUGAUAUUGUACUAUUUUUGCACUUGUUUGCAUAUGGAAGGAAAAAGAAGGACAGCCUGAAUUGAA